AUGUAUCAUACACGUGUAUUUCGAGUAUCAGUUAUACGUGAAAAAUAUGGUGAACUUGUCCAAAUGGCAAAAAUGCAGUCAUUAGCAUUUAGUAAUUUUUUACUCGUAUUAAGACCCUUUAUAAUAGGUACAUACUUAUCAGAUGAAAUUGGACAAGGUUUUGAGUUAUUAGACACGGAUAAAUCGGAUACAAUAGAUGUGGAAGAAUUAACUGCAUUUUUACCCGUUAUUAAUCCCUAUUUAACGGCUGUUAUGUUAUUAAGAUAUUUUAGUCAUAUCGAUGAAAAUUUUGAUUAUAAAUUGAAUUUAAACGUGCUUUUAUGA